CUCUCGCGCUGGCGCCGCGGGGGCUGGGGGGCAGAUCGGGCGACGUCCGCAUCAAGUCAAUUCCGACAUCCUGGCGGCGACAUGCCACCGCUUUCCGCUCUACGAGACGGGCGCCGCAAAGCGUGCGCAGCAGCAGAGCAUCGAGAUGACGAUGAACCACAUGCAUGAGCGCAUGGCAGGCGCCCCAGCGAGGCGCGCGCCGACCCGGGGCUUCGACGUCAAUUCAGGCACGUACCAGAGCACGAACGAGGACGCGAAGCUAGACCCUGAGGAGAUUCGGCCAGCACGAGCACUUCAGCACGGCGGGGGGCGACUUGAAUUUCACCGCGACUUGAGUUUGAACGUGAUCGACAUCGCUAGCCAGCUUGAGGGUCGGGCGGAGUUGCCGCAUCCCGACUUCGAUUGCGACUUGCGGGUUCAGACCCUGUCUGGCGCUGCCCAGGCCUGUUUUGGAGCUCGCAACGGCAG